AGUGGAAUAAGGAGAAAGGAAACCCUCAGGCAGGCCCUUCCAUUUCCAAAUCCUUACAAUCCCACAAAAUUCAAAAUAAUAACAAUAAUAAUAAUAAAUAAAUAAAUAAAAAGAUAAAACAAAAAAUAAGAAAAACCCAUUUUCAUCUCUGACCCCUUCACUUCUUUCUCUGUCGCCGAGGUUUUUGCUUUGGCUUCAUUUUGGUACUAGAUGUUGUCUGGCAGCAGAUGCCUGAUGGUUUUUACUCUUAAUUCUUGUAUGAUCUGAAACUAAGCCAGGGAUAUUAGUGGGGAUCUGUGAUGUUAAUAUCCUAGUGGCUUGUUCCAUGGACAUCAAAAGAUACCAGAUUACCCAUACUUGGCCUAACAACAGUUCUUAAGUUUUCCUUUGUUGCCUUGAUUCUUCAAUGGGGGAUGCGGAAAAUGCCCUUCCACCUUCAAAGAAGAGGUCUGCAGGAAGGGAACUCACUAAAGAUAAUGCUGGUCUCGAUGAUGAGGAGGAUGCUCCUGAACAAGAGGGCGGAACUUUCAAGAGGGCCAGUGAGGAUGUGCUAGCAACCAGAAGAAUUGUCAAAGUUCGUCGAAAUCAGACAACAUUGGCUCCCUCUUCCAAUCCAUUUGCUGGGAUUAGCUUGGUUCCUCCUAAGGAGUCCAAUGUAGCCUCAGCUGAGGUUACAAGUGAAGCACAAGCUGCUGGUGAGAAGACAGUUUCAGAUGAUGUAGAUGGAGAAGAUGACGCGGAAAAGGGGAAUGAAAAGGGUAAAGAUGAGGAGAAUAAGCAGUUAGAGAGCAAAGAUGAUAAGGCAGGGGAUGAAUCUGCAGUAGAUAAGGAGAACGCUGUGGAGGAGAACAGCAAUAUUGGGAGUGAGGCAACUGAACCGAAGAUAGACAAUGAACAAACUGCAAAAGAAGAGAAGACUGAAGAUGAAUACAAGAAAGAUGAUUACAGUGAAAAAGUGAAUUCUGGUGCGGAAGGCACUCCUUUGAGCUCAUUCCAACAGCUUUCAAGCAGCAAAAAUGCCUUCACUGGUCUUGCUGGAACUGGAAUAUCCACUUCUACAUUUUCCUUUGGGUCUAUUUCAAAGGAUGGGUCUGCACUUGGUACUGCUUCUGCAUCACUUUUUGGGGUGAAAGAUGACAAGCCUUUUGGCCUUGCUCCCUCUAAUAAUGGAAGUUCUUCAAUUUUUGGUGCAUCAGGGGCUUCCACUGCUUCAAAGAGUGAGGGAAGUGGUUUCCCAUCAAAGCAGGAGGUUGUGAUGGAGACUGGGGAAGAACAGGAGAGAGUGGUUUUCACUGCUGAUUCCGUGAUGUUUGAAUUUGUUGAUGGAGGUUGGAAGGAACGUGGAAAGGGAGAACUAAAGGUGAAUGUCUCCACCACUGGCACGGAAAAAGCCAGACUUGUUAUGCGAGCCAGAGGGAAUUACAGGUUGAUUUUGAAUGCAAGUCUUUACCCAGAUAUGAAGCUCACAAAUAUGGAGAAGAAAGGCAUCACAUUUGCCUGCGUUAAUAGUGCCAGUGAAGGGAAGGAUGGUCUUUCUACAUUUGCUUUGAAGUUCAAGGAUGCUUCCAUAGUGGAGGAGUUUCGAGCUGCCGUUACAGCACAUAAAAGCAAGACCUCUGAAAUUCUGAAGACUCCAGAGAACUCCCCCAAGGCUUCUGAUGAUUGAAAGUUGCUCUCUUUGAUGCACAGAGAAUAUCAUUUUCUGACGAGAAGUGUGUCCUGGUAGUAGUUGUCCUUUCUCCACACAGAAGAGAAAGUUGUUUUAGAUUUCGGAAAUCCUCAGUCCUUAUGCAGCAGAGUUAUAGAGUCCUAUCCUUUUUGUUGUAGUCUAAUUUCAGUCUAGUCUGCGAGAAAAUACUUAAUUCUGGGAAAGUCCUUGCUUCAGACUGCAUAAUUUGAGCUUGGAAGACAUUAAAUGUUGGUCAGAGUUUUAUAGUUAAUCCCCUAAAUUUGGGAUAUAUAUUGAACUGCAGUGUCAUAUUUUGGAUUA